CUGCGCGGUGUGAUUUACACGCCCAGUGGUUAAAGGGAGACGCUUCCUUACUUCAGUAAGGCAGAAGAUUAAAGCCUUAGAUUGGAAGAGUUGCCAAAAUACGCGCUUUAAUUGUAUAGAUAUCGAGCUUGUAUUGUUUUUUUCUCAUCAGCUGCUGGUGUCUCUUUCAGAUGCAUUAUAUUCGGUGACGUUUUCUGGUGUAUUAAAGCGACAGAUUAAAACAAUGAAUGGGCAAAGCCGCCUCCAACAGGCCCAGGAGGAUGUGGAGGAAGUUAAAGUUAUCAUGCUGGAUAACUUAAACAAGACUGAAGAGCGGUCAGAAAAACUCAAGGAGCUGGAUGACAGAGCUGAUAAACUACUGCAACAGAGCGAUAAAUUCGUAAAGACUGCGACUAAGGUGAAACAGAAGAAGCGCUGGGAGAAUAUUAAGUACAAAGUGAUAAUGGGUGCAGUUGUGGCUGCAGUGAUUCUUCUUGGCAUAAUUAUUUUGGCUGUGAGCUUGAGCGGCAGUGACGGCAGUCAAAACACAUCCCAAAUGACACAAUCAACAAAAGCACCAGGAGAUGGCUAGAAGAUAAGCUGGCGGACAAGAUGAGUGAACAUAAAUUGUGUUUAAAAUGCCUCAGAAUAUCACCUGGAAAGUCUUGUUUCUAGUACUUUUGUGAAAGUAAAUGAGAGUGCAGUUUCAUAGAUCACUCUAUGUACAAGUUAAGUCUUUGAUGUAACUUUCUAUCAAGAGUAUGCUUAAAAAAAAAAAACUUUGGUGGGUGAUACAAAAAUGGUACCAAUGGUGUCACCAUCUUUUCUGCUUUCCGUUUCAUUUUUCAAUGGUAACACUUAGACUAUGUUACAUUAAUGGUAACUGUUUACAUGCAUUCUUGUUGGAUUAAACAUAUUUUAAACACAAAUGAUAUAAAUCAGAGCCUAAUGUGGGUCAGGGAAAAGUCUUUGUGUAAUAUUCUCAAAAAUGGCUUAUGUGUUUGGGUUUUCUCUAACUCUAAUUAGUUACAGGUACCCAGAGCAAAACACAUUUUGGACAUUUUGGUCUCUCUUAUCUGACAGACCCAUUUCAAAUCUUGGAGUCCUGGAGUCUCUACUAACAAGUUUAAUCAGAUUGUUUGAUUGUGGAAAACAAAAUUUGAAGUGUUGGGGUUAAUCCAGUACCCGGUUUGGGACACAUUCUGUGACUUUGGCACUUUUGUGCUAAAACUUAGGGUUUUGAAGUGGGUUUUGAAGUGUUAAGUCAAUUAUUAUUAUUAUUAUUUUAAUAUCAGGGCCGUAACAACAAUAGAAAUCGAGGGGAGCAUGUUUCCAGUAUUCAGAUUUGUCAGGGAAUUAAGUAUAUUUUUGUUUUCAAUAUCUAAUUCUUAAACUCUGUCAGCUCUGUCUUGAAUGUAUGUGUGUAUAAUUAAAUGUUCCUUAUGUAAAUAUA